CACACUGAUGUGCCUUAUUAUAAAUAAUAACACGCAUUAAUAGAUAACAAUGUAAAUGCCAGAAUAUACUUUUCAUAUCAAUCUCAUCAACUAGUAGCUCCUUCGUGUUUAAUUUCAUACUUAUAUUUAUAACGCAUAAUAUCUAUUUCAUUUAUAAUAUCUAUGAUAUUUGUAACUUGUUGUUCAUAUCUAUAACAAACAAAAUUUUCCACAAUUUCCCUCGAAAUUGCUAAAAUCUUUCUAACGAAUCAAAAUUCUACAUGGUAAUACAGAUGCCCGAAAAAUAGUACCUUCAAAAUAGUCCGUCCCUGGCUUGCAGUCGGUUUGCCCCCUUAUAAAGGGAACCCACGCGAGAGCGCCGGUCGCAUACCAUGGUAGCGCGUCGUUCGAAGCUCUAGGUAACGAUUCAACGUGUAAUUGCUUUUAAUUCCUAGCACGCGUGUGUCUACGUAUUAGACAAAAACUCUAGUGAUUCUCAGUGACGUACAUAGUCUUAUCUCAAAUCAGCCACACGAUGCGUAACAGAGCCGAAGAGAUCGAGCCGCGUGGCGAUGUAGUGCAUGGCCAGUGAAAGACACGCAACCUUUAUCCUGCUACGUGUUUAUAUUCGCCUUUGUGGUCAUGGAAACGGUGAUCUGACGUUUCGUCCUGGAUAAUCGUCGUAAACGCGCUUAGUGAACGUUCCUUGGCAACGUGCUUCAUCAAGAAACCGGCCAGUUUCUUUGAGCUUCGACGGCCAGUUCCAAGCCACGCUUCACAGCCGGUCGAAAUCAUCGUGACUAUGUAACGACCUGUUAAGGGAUAUUGAAUUAUUGAUGACCUCAUGAAUUGUCAUUGCUCCAACCAUGAGUUAUUAUUAAUCGCUCGAGAUCGAUAAGAAGGCACAUAUUUAUCGAGAACAUCCAGCAGUGAACGUCCAUAAUGGCUUUGGCAAAGAUCAAGAGUUUUAUAGACACGGGGCUGAAGACCGUGUCCACGCCGUUAGAUCGCACGGUGAAUCUGGAACCGGAAGUGGGCAUUAGGAUCGUUCAUUCGAUCAACGAGAAAGCGCUGCAUGUGACGGUACUGGGAGCUCGUCACUUGCCACAGAAUUUUGGCUUCACACGCGUCAACAGCUACGUAGUCAAGGUGAAGCUAAUACCGGGAAAGGAGAAGUUCGAGACAACGUCGAAGAACGAGUCGUGGCCGCAAUGGAACGAGGAAUUUACGUUUCCUCUACGCAAAGAGACGAAACAGAAAUUUGGUAAAACAAAAGUGGUAGAAGAAGAAAUCAGUGGAUCCAGAUUCAUCGUGGCGACUUUGUACGCGGUUCUCGAGGACAAACCAUUGAUAGCGACUGAGAAGAAGGAAGAGAAGACUUCGUCUUCCACUAAAGAAUCUCCAAAAAAGGGGAAUAAGAAAAAAGAUGGUCAGGGUGCCUCUUCGGAGAAUCAGGAGCCAACGAAGAAUAAAUUACUCAGUCAGUUGUUUAAUAAGGGAUCGGAUAAAUCUGCGGACACUACAACAACGGAAAGGAAACUAUUUGAUAAGAGACGUACUGUAGGCGCCACGACGAUUUCCCUGGACCCGAAAAAUUUCACCACAAAGCCACACAAAGCAAAACACCCAAGUGAUGUGUCUACUGGAGAUAUGUGGAAGCCAUUGCGACCAAUUGCUAGUGGCAUUUCUGGAGCUGAAGACAGGAAGGAAAAUAAGAAAGGCCAAGUGGAGUUGUCACUGUGCCAAGAAAAAACGGACAAGAACGAAGAGGGUAGCGAAAAACUGACACUGUCUCUGCAUCGUCUGAGAUGUUCGUUACAGACAAUGCACGAGCAUGAAGCCUUGAAAGGACAGAUGUAUAUCAAGAUGUCUGUUGUAGACAGCGGUAGAGUGACUCAUUUCUGGAAAAGCGAUCGUUUCGCACCUUGCGUGUCUAUGAAAUUCGCGCCAGACUCGGCAAGAGUGAUCGCGGAUAAUCCGUAUCAGGGAGCACUGAAGGAUGUUAGCUUUGUUGUUAAAUUCGUCUCGAAAAAUAAAUUAGGAAAGAAAACGACUGUUGGUCAUUUUGUAAUAGGACCAGAUGUUGGUGGAACCUAUGGUGAACAGUGGAAACAGGCUCUAGCGAAAUCGGGACAACAGAUAACGAAAUGGCAGGCAUUCGAGUGAGAACGUGAAUAGAUCAAUAAACUUCGACGUCUAUUCAGUUUUCCUUCGAGUAUAAACCUACUUUCGAUUCGCGCGAAUGUUAUGAAUAUUUAAGCGCACGGUCGAUAGUGUCGUUCCAAAGAAUACUUAUGUUAGGCAAACAUCUGUGAAUAUGAAAGGCAUUCGUAUUGUAAAUUAUUUCUUUCGUGAAAUUUACUUUUAUUCCGCUUUCCUUAUUUUUUUUGAUUCUUUGUAAGACAACCUGCACAAAAGUAUUUUAUCGAUUUGAUUGUACAUAUCGAUUGUUUUAUACAACCGUCCUCGAUUCCAAGACAGAUUUGUGAAAGUUUCUGCCGAGGAUCGGAAUAAUAGAACCGUCCAAUAAAUAAGUGGUUACCACCGUUGAAUAGAAACGAAUACGAAAUUCAUCGAAUCCUAAUUGUGAAAGGGAGAAAUGAAGAUAUACAUUAAAUUUUGUGCCAGAGGAAAUUGUAAGCAGAUAAUUAGCAACUGCUCAGUAAGAUGUAUAAUAUGGACAUAACGAUGCGUUUUUACUCUAUUUAAAUCUAGCGGAUCCACUUUUUAUUUUGUAUUAGCACUUUUCUGAGGUACUUUUAAGAUGAAUCAGAAAAUCAAUGGAAAAAUAUUUUUUUCUUUUUUUUUUGACAUAUGUAGGAUAUUUUACAUUAUGACGAUUUUCAAUUUGUUUAGUAGAAAUGGUAGUGAUAAAUAUUUCGCUCAUUGUUUCAAAUGUAAUUUUGUUCGAAAGUAGGCAUUAACGUAUUAUAUCUUAAAUAAUUGUAUUUUGUUUAAAGAAUUAUUUAUAUCGCUGCAAUUAAUUGCAUAUGUAUUUUAUUACGGAAAUUAAUUGUAUUUCGAGGAAUAUCGUUAAGGUCUAAACAGUCACACCAAAAGAUUUAUAUGUACAAUAUCAUUAACGCACGCAUCUGUAUGACAGAGAUAUAUUUUAUAUGUAAUACACCUGUUGUUAUACAUAAAGGAUGAUUUUUAUUUUUUUA